AUGGCAACGCCCCUGUCCAACAGCCCCUCCUCAACGCCCCUGUCCAACAGCCCCUCCUAUGGUAACGCCCCUGUCCAACAGCCCCUCCUAUGGCAACGUCCCUGUCCAACAGCCCCUCCUAUGGCAACGCCCCUGUCCAACAGCCCCUCCUAUGGCAACUCCCCUGUCCAACAGCCCCUCCUAUGGCAACGUCCCUGUCCAACAGCCCCUGCUAUGGCAACGUCCCUGUCCAACAGCCCCUCCUAUUGCAACGCCCCUGUCCAACAGCCCUCCUAUGGCAAAAACCCUGUCCAACAGCCCCUCCUAUGGCAACCCCCCUGUCCCACAGCAUUUCCUCUGGGGACCCCGUCCCCCCGUCCCUCCGUCCCACAGCCUUUCUUCUGGAGACCCCGUCUCCCCCUGUCCCACAGCAUUUCCUCUGGGGACCCCGUCCCCCUCCCCCUCCGGCCCCCUCCGUCCCACAGCCUCUCCUCUGGGGACCCCGUCCCCCUCCGUCCCACAGCCUCUCCUCUGGGGACCCCCCUGAACACCCUAGUCCUUCAGUGCUCACUGAGUCCCUUCUGCUGCUCACCCACCCUCCCCCUUCCAUUCUGUGCAUGA